AACCAAAACUUAAACCCAAUUAAUCUCACCUCACUAAUUUCGUCACUUAGUAUAUCCCCCCUUCUUUCUCCUCCUACCAAACCAAACCAAAUUACCAAACACACACCAAAUACAAACAUCAAACAUCCUUUUUCAUUUCAUUUCUUUUAAUAAAAAUCUAAAACUCCCCCCCAACUGUCGUCCGAAGGAGCCGUUAAAACCUCCUCAUUUUCUCUCUCCUCAUCAACUGUUGCUUAAAGCCUCCUUCUUCUUUCUUCUUCUUCCUCCUUCUUUCUCUCUCCUCAAUUUUUCAUUACGUUUUCUCCUCUUUUUAAUCCCACCCCUUUUAUCCCCCAAACACCCCCACCCUAAAUAAAAAAAAAAAUCAAUGGAUUUUUCUGGGGUGGUGGGGGGAUCCAGUGCAACCGCAACCCACCUUAGUGUAAAUCAAGUUCUUGACUUUAUUCAAUCAGACGACUCAGAUUCAAAGAUCAAAGCUGCCCAAGAGAUCCGUCGUCUCACUAAAACUUCUCACCGUUGUCGUCGCCAACUUUCCCCUGCUAUUCCUCAACUCGUUUCUAUGCUCCGAGUUGACUCACUCUCUUCUACUGAGUCUGCUUUACUCGCUCUUCUUAAUCUCGCCGUUAAGGACGAAAAGAACAAGAUCAGCAUUGUUGCAGCAGGUGCAUUAGAUCCAAUAAUCAGCUUCCUCCAAUCGCCAAACACACGUCUUCAAGAACAUGCUACUGCUGCUUUGCUAACGCUUUCUGCAUCUUCAGUAAACAAGCCAACCAUUACUGCUUCUGGUGCAAUCCCUCUUUUGGUAGAUGUUCUAGAAAUCGGCACCCCACAAGCUAAGGUUGAUGCUGUCAUGGCUCUUUACAACCUCUCCACUCACUCAAACAACAUCACCCUAAUCCUUGAGACAGACCCCAUACCUCUCAUUGUUGACUUGCUCAAAACUUGCAAGAAAUCCUCAAAAACGGCUGAAAAAUGCACAGCCCUCUUAGAAUCUCUUGUAAACUUUGAUGAGGGUAGGAAUACUUUAGUGUCUGAAGAAGGAGGUGUGCUUGCAGUGGUGGAGGUCCUCGAAAGUGGAUCUCUUCAGAGUAAGGAGCAUGCUGUUGGGGCACUCCUAAAAAUGUGUGAGACAGAUCGAUGCAAGUACCGGGAUCCAAUCUUGAGAGAAGGGGUUAUACCUGGGUUACUUGAACUUACUGUUCAAGGGACUCCCAAGUCACAGAACAAAGCUCAGUUGUUGCUGAGACUGCUUAGAGACUCUCCUUACCCAAGGUCAGAUUUCCAACCUGAUACUUUGGAGAACAUUGUUUGCAACAUCAUCUCGCAAAUGGAUGGUGAGGAACAGUCGGGAAAGGCAAAGAAGAUGCUCGCUGAUAUGGUGCAAGUUAGCAUGGAGCAAAGCUUGAGACACUUGCAGCAAAGGGCUCUGGUAUGCACCCCUUCUGAUCUGUCUAUUGCCAGUUGCGCCUCUCAAGUUUCUUCCAAGUAAUCAUCAUAUGAUAAACUAAUUAUAGCCUCUCUUUUUUUUCUUCUUCAAUUCGGGACAUGCUUUUUACCAUAUGCUUUUCUUGGUAAGCUUUGUGAAAUAUGUUAAUUAGGCCAAAUGAGAAAGUUCGUAAUACUGCUGUGCAUACAAUGGAAAAUGCCAGUCCAGGCCAUAGUCUAUGGUAUCGAGUGACUGGUUGAUAUGGUGGGGAUAAAAAUAGGAAAAAACAAAAAAAAAACCCUUCUAUUUCUCAAGUAGUUUAUUGUUCUGUAAAGGAAACUGUUAAAUGAAUCAUGUAAUGUUUAUUCUGAAACCAAAAUCUUUAAUAUGCCUUUCUUACAAUUUCCCAUUUUUAA